CCAUAAACAAAGGUUCCGCCGAGUUUCCACCCGGUCUUCUAUUAGAGGGACACAGUGAAGAUGGCAGCCGAGGAGCUGAAUGUCAACACACCUCCUGCUGGGAAUGACAGUGUGGACGAGGCUAAACUACAAAUGUUAAAAGGUGGUGCGUUUCUGACGACAGUGGCCACUGCAGGAAUGAUCGCUGGUUUCGGCUCGACCCUCGCUUUGGCUAAGAAAAGGAGCCCUGAGUGGUUUAAUAAGGGUGUAGUGGGCACGGCGGCGGUGCCUGAGAGCGGAGCGUCGUUAGCCCUGCGUGCACUCGGAUGGGGUUCGCUGUAUGCCUGGUGUGGAGUCGGCCUUCUCACUUUCACAGUGUGGAAAGCUCUGGGUGUUCACAGCUUGGUGGAAUUUCGACAGAAAAUGCAAUCCAUCUUUCCUGCCAUUCCGAAAAAUGAAGACGUUCAGCCAAACGCAGUACCUUUCAACUGGGACUCGCUAUUUAAGUCCAAAUGAUCACUGACGUGCCAGUGAAGAGAGCUUUACAUGUCUGCUCACUGGAUAGACAACCUGAGAAGUGACUGCCAGGUCAGAUGAGAAUCAAGAUUCCUUCCACUUCUUACCCUAAGACUUUUUAGGGACUGUAUUCACAUCUAUGAUGUUGAAGAAUCAAUCUGGAGACUUGUGUCUGUCUGUGUGUGUGCAAACUAAAACUAACAGCAACCGGCUUUUUCAAGAACCAGAAUCUCUGGACAUCUGAUAAUGAAGCUCCUGGUUCAAAGGACAUUUUGCUUUCCUAAGUAGUACCAUUUGGUGGAAGAGCUUUGUGUGUCAAACACAGCCAUUUAAAUUAGCUUAGGGAGUGUGGAGCAGUUUUGAUUAAAAAAAAAAAAAAAAGAUUAGUGUGUGGGUGCAAUGUGUACAGAGAUUAAAUUUAAAAUUUAAAUGUAAUGCUGCUGGGUUUAUCUCCAGGGAAUAUCAUGUAAAACAGGGAUCGUCAACUGGUGGGUUGUGGUCUGGAUGCGGAAAUGGCAAACUACACUGUAGCCAAAAGUACACGGACACCUGACCGUAACACUCAUAUGUGCUUUUUGAACAUCUUAUUGCAGAUUUAUUCCACUAGAUUUUGGAGUGUGGCUGUGGGGGUUUGAGUUCAUUCAGCCACAAGAGCAUUAGGGAAGUCAGGUGAGGAGCCCUGGUGUGCAGUCAGUGUUCCAGUUCAUCCCAAAGGUGUUCAGUGGGGAUGAGGUCAGGGCUCUGUGCAGGAUACGCCACCAACCUUGGCAAAUCAUGUCUUCAUGGAGCUUGCUUUGUCAUGCUGGAACGGGUUUGGGCCUCUUGGCUCCAGUGAAGGGAAACUGUAAUGCUACAGCAUACAAAGACAUUCUAUACAAUUGUGUGCAUUCAACUUUGGGGCAACAGUUUGGGGAAAAAACACAUAUGGGUGUGAUGGUCAAGUUUGCUUGUGUAAAAAAAAAAAAUAAAUAAAGUGCUAACAUGAAGCACCAGUGCAAACCAAAACACAGUUAAAUCAAUUUUAUGUCUUUAUAGCCUUGAACAUACCACUAAUGGUUAGGUAACUGCUGUCACCAGGUAGUCAUGUUAGUUGCUUAACCAGACCUUUGUAAACAAUGAAUUUUAGUAACUGGUCCUUCAUAAGUUCUAGUCUCUGGUGUAAGAUAUUAAAAAUGUUUGUAUGAAACUAAACCUGAGUGUUAUGUUAAAUAUACAUCCAAAAAGUUUUAAUAGAAAAAAUAUAAAUUCCAGGACUUUAAACUCAGUUUCAAGUAGGGAGUCGGGUUUUGAUGGAAGCCACAUUGGAGGGACAAGAAACAUCAGCCUUGUAACUGGUCUUAAACAAAAACUUUCCCCAAAAUAUUUACUGGAAGAAUAAAUCAGGCUAUUUGUGGAAAAGCCCAUUUGGCCAGAAGUGAAAAAGGAAGUACUGUUCAGAUGUUCCAGAAAUGCAGCAUGUGACUGCUUCCACAAAUGUAAUUAACAUAAAGUCAUUAAAAUAAAAAGGUCUGAAACACUGAUGUCAGAACAGCCGGGUGGUGAAGCGUAGCUACAUCUGAAUUUACUGCCAGCAUAAAUUAUUUAGGAAUAUUGUACUGUUAUUCUGUGAUUUAUCUAUGAUUAAUUUGUUUGGCAAAGUUCUGGACAUCCAAUGCUCAGUUGUUUUCUCUUUCCAGCACAGCUGAUUCAGCUCAUUAUGUAAUUUUUCAAAGCAUUCAAGAACUGAGUCAGAUGCAUGAGUCAACUAAUGCACUCAAGCGCCCACAACCUUUUAUACUCUGCCAAACUGACAUUAAGAUACCACGGUGCUAUAGUAAACCUGCUUUCUGAGAUAAGAUGUGUAGAGUUUCAGUAUUACUAUUAGUUUUGAAAGUUAUUGUUUCAAAAUGAAAAGACAAAGCACCCAAAAACAACCUUCACAGUGCUCAACCAGAUUUCAUGUACAUUUACUUUAACAUGUGGAACAUGUAGUAUAAAGACUUUAUACUAAUAAACAAUGUUCAUCAAAUCA